GGCUGGAGCUCAAGGAGGCUCCAGCGCGCAGGCGCCGCCGAGCCCUGCCUGGCUGCUCCGUCAAGGCACUAAGGGGGAAAAAAAUCAGCAAUUUAUAGAAAGAAGAAGCUAUAGUCUGUCGGGAUAUCCAACGCCAACAGUACAUUCAGACAAUGCAUCUUCGGUAAAGCUUCUUGGGAGCUCCAUUUCUGGAAAGCAUUACAAGGCUGUGGACUGUCAGACUGCGACUCCCCAGGAGCUCUUCCCUUGCAGCACAGGAAAAAAUGCCUGUCCCCAUCUUCGCAUAUUCUAAUGGCAUAUCACAUGGAAGAAAAGAGGAAGCAUGACUGCACACCGGAUCGGUUCUCUUUAUGGAUUACAUUUUCAGUAAGAUGUUUGGAUCGGUCUUUUCCUUGUUCUUCUCUCUAGAUCAUGAGACUUGACUGAGGCUGUACCCUUAUCCUCCAUCCAUCUAUGGCGAACUAUAGCCAUGCAGCUGACAACAUUCUGCAAAAUCUCUCGCCUCUCACAGCCUUUCUGAAACUGACUUCCUUGGGUUUCAUAAUAGGAGUCAGCGUGGUGGGCAACCUUCUGAUCUCCAUUUUGCUAGUGAAAGAUAAGACCUUGCAUAGAGCACCCUACUACUUCCUGUUGGAUCUCUGCUGUUCAGACAUCCUCAGAUCUGCCAUUUGUUUCCCGUUCGUUUUCAACUCUGUCAAAAAUGGCUCGACGUGGACUUAUGGGACUCUGACUUGCAAAGUGAUUGCCUUUCUGGGGGUUUUGUCCUGUUUUCACACGGCUUUCAUGCUGUUCUGCAUCAGCGUCACCAGAUACUUAGCGAUCGCCCAUCACCGCUUCUACACAAAGAGGCUGACCUUUUGGACGUGUCUGGCUGUGAUCUGCAUGGUGUGGACUCUGUCUGUGGCCAUGGCGUUCCCCCCAGUCUUAGAUGUGGGCACUUACUCAUUCAUUAGGGAGGAAGAUCAAUGCACUUUCCAACAUCGCUCCUUCAGGGCUAAUGAUUCUCUAGGAUUUAUGCUGCUCCUUGCUCUCAUCCUCCUAGCUACCCAGCUUGUCUACCUCAAGCUGAUCUUUUUUGUCCACGAUCGAAGGAAAAUGAAGCCAGUGCAGUUUGUAGCAGCAGUCAGCCAGAACUGGACUUUUCAUGGCCCUGGUGCCAGUGGUCAGGCAGCUGCCAAUUGGUUAGCAGGAUUUGGAAGGGGUCCCACACCACCCACCUUGCUGGGCAUCAGGCAAAAUGCAAAUACCACAGGCAGAAGAAGGCUACUGGUCUUAGACGAGUUCAAGAUGGAGAAAAGGAUCAGCAGAAUGUUCUACAUAAUGACUUUUCUCUUCCUAACCUUGUGGGGCCCCUACCUGGUGGCCUGUUACUGGAGAGUUUUUGCACGAGGGCCAGUAGUACCAGGGGGAUUUCUAACAGCCGCUGUCUGGAUGAGUUUUGCCCAAGCAGGAAUCAAUCCUUUUGUCUGCAUUUUCUCCAACAGGGAGCUGAGGCGCUGUUUCAGCACAACCCUUCUUUACUGCAGAAAAUCCAGGUUACCAAGGGAACCUUACUGUGUUAUAUGAGGGAGCAUCUGUAAAUCUUUAGUCUUGUGAAACACUAACUUCUCUGCUAAGCAGUUGUGGCCCGUAGCCAUAUCUUGAGAAGAUGUUCAUGAAUGGGAUCAACGGUGAUGAGGAUUUGGGCAACAUUCUGCAAUCUUUGCAAUAGUUCACCUAUAAUCCUAUUUUAAAUUUCAGCGUGAUCCUGCUGACUGCUGGCAAAGGUUUGUAACUAAGGAAGGAUGAACCACUGCCCUCCGUUUCUUUCUGUGGGUGAAAACUAGAUAAUGAGAGUAGCAGGUGCUAAGUAUCAGUGCUAAAUGCUGUGUAUAUCACUACAUAUGAAAAAAAAAUCAAAAAAACUUAUUAGCUUUGGACAUCUUAAUAAAUUAAGUGGACAUGAGGUAAAUGUGUUGAUAAAACCUAAUUUUAGAAGUUCAAAGACUUUAAAACAUUUCAUACUAUUUUUGUUUUGCAAAGACUAAAAUAUUUGGGGACUUCAAGUACUGUAAUCUACUAAAGACGUGCCAUGACUUAUUGGAAUAUUACACUUUAAAAAUCGCCUUGUAAGUUCGGGGAGCAUUCCAAGGUGGUAUAUUGAUUCCAAUUAAGUUUACUUUUUAUUUGUUAUUAAUACAUUCCUAUUUCAAAAUACCAUUUUCCUUACCUACUAGUGAAAUUGCUAGCAUUGAACUGUGUUAUGUGGUUUUUGUUGAUUUGGUAUAAAGUUUUUCCAAUUCAUUCAUGUUUUAAAGAUGCUAGAUAUUGUUCUGGGAGGCAACAUUAAUGGUACAAGUUCGUCACCACUGAGCAGUUCUAGUAAUGCAGAAUAAACACAUGUUGCCUUAAAGGGUUAUCUAGUAUCCUUCAUGUGAUUUAGUAUUGGAGCAAAUAGCCAAGGGAGUUCCAAUCAGUAACUUGUCAUAGUCUGCAUCUGGAAAUGCAUGGAAGAGCCUUUGCCCUCCUUUUCUUUUUCUUCACAUGCUUUGAACACGAAGGUGCACAGCACCAGAAUUAAGAGAUUUCCUUCUGAGAUGUGCUGCCCAUCCUAGUGUGUUCUAAGAAGAAGGCAGCUGAUGGAUGUUGAUAAGUCAGCUGUCAAGGGGAGACCAUGGCCUUAGUAUGACACCCUGCACAAUUUGUGAAGCAUUUAUUCUACCAGAGGCACAGUCUUGUUUAUAUUUUCUGCACAUUCGGUGUGUUGGUCGUUUAAAUUAUUUCAUUUUUAACUUGUGAAAGCUUAUAAUAUGAUUUCUGGUAUUUUAGAAUUACAUUAGAUUCUGUGAGUCUCAUUCUUUAAGAUACAGAUGUGUGAACUUCAAUAUAAAGUUGCAUUUGCCAAAAUUUCCCCGUGUAGCUUGUUAAUUUUUUUGGAAUCAGUUUUACAUUUUUGGCCUACAAUUGUAUUUACUUUUAAUGCAGAGGCAAGCACAAACUAAGAAGAUUAGCUUUAUUAUGGCUUGGUGAUUUUUUUUUUGUAGCUACUAUAUACUGGAAACAGAAAUGUAUCAAAGAUAGCAUAAAGAUGAUAAGUUGAUGUAAUAAUAUUUAUAAAAGCAUAUUUUGUAGUUUAUCAUAAUCAUCCCACUAUUUUUCUUAAUUGCCAGUAGUAUUUACAGAUAUACUCCUAUUUAAUUAGUUGGUUUAGAUUUGUAGCAUAAAUAUCAAAUUUUGAUUUCCAGGCAUAGUAGAAAAUUUAGCCCUAAAUAUGUAACUGGUAAGAUAAAUGAUCUAUAAUACUACUAUAGCAAAAUUAGAAAAAAAGUUGUUAUAAUUUCUGUUAGCUUUCCAUUGUUUUAAUUCUUUUUGUAGUUUUGUGUGUGAGAAUUGUUUUGGUAUUCAAGAAAGAUUACGAAUCUAAUGAAACAGAAUCUUAUUUUGCCAUAGCACUUAAGCAAACAGAAAAUUAUUAUAAAUAAGGAAAAGCAGAUCAGUGAAUGUUUCAAUG